AUGAGUCGCCCCAGCAUCAGCAGCACAGCUGAAAAAGCAAAGACCCUGCUCUGGGGUAGUGAACUAAAUCUGGAGAGGCGAAGUUGCACCUUCAGACCUCAAGCGGAGAGGAAGGAGAGCUGUAGGCUGUUGCUCAAUGCGAUUUGCCUGGGGGAGAAAGCCAAAGAUGAGGUGAACCGUGUGGAGAUCGUGCCCCCGACAAACCAGGAAGACAAGAAGACGCAGCCCAUCACCAUUGCCUCACUGAAGGCUUCGGUCCUACCCAUGGUCGCCAUGACAGGAGUAGAAUUUUCUCCUCCAGUUACUUUUCACCUCCGGGCUGGCUCAGGGCCUGUGUUUCUCAGUGGCCAGGAAUGUUAUGAGGUUGAAACUUCAGACCUACCCUGGGAAGAAGAGGAGGAGGAGGAAGAGGUGGAGGAGGAAGAGGAGGAAGAAGAGGAAGAAGAGGAAGAGGAUGACAUCGAGGCAGAUGUGUCUCUAGAGGACACACCUGUCAAACAAGUCAAGCGGCCGUCACUGCAGAAGCAGACCAGCGUUGCCAAGAAAAAAAAGCUGGACAAAGAAGAGGAGACAGAAAGGUCCAGCCUUCCAGAGAAGAGCCCUGUAAGAAAGGCCAAACCCACAGUCAGAUCUAAGAAGCUGGGUUCCAAGAAGUGA